GCACUGUUCAUCAAGCCUAACUCCACGACACAAUAGCUCAGAUAUCGUCUAUCUUAUACCUUGUACUCCAGCACAGCCAUGGGUAGUACAGGCACAGCUGAACACGGUGUUGUGGUAGCCACUGUAGCCUUACAUGACGAGCUUGACCAUCUAUGGGAGCGCUACCUUCACCAAGUGGACCGGUAUCAGCAGGCACAGAAAGAACUGCAGAAGCAGCUGUCUUCGGGAUUCCUCUCCCUCGCGCAGGCCAACAAGUCGGUUUCACGAAAUCGAUUUGGUCAGAACUCCUACGAUCUACGCAUGAAAGCCACCCGGGUUUGCAGUCUAAUGCCGGAAGACCAUGAGUCUGGGCUGGUCCAGGUAGCUGUGGUUAGUCGGACCUGCAAUGGCGAACGCAAAAUCCAAACGGAGACUGCCGUAGAGGAGCCCAAGCAGCAGCCUUCACCCCCAGCCACGCCUGCUCCGGAACACUCGGAAGAUGCUGUUCGCAACGACAUUCACGGCCGCACUACGAGUGGAGAGAGCGACCCCGACCAGUCUUUAACGUCCCACGCCGAGAACUAUCCCUGGAAGCACGACCCGCUCCGCUGGUAUGGCGUACUGGUACCACGAGAGCUUCGAAUAGCACAAGCCUCGUUUGCCCAAGCCAUUGUCACGCCCGUUGCAGACGUUUCGAAUGCAGCAAAGCACAUGCGGGCGCUUGAGACCGAAAUUAGAAAGCUGAGGAAAGCGAUCUCCAAAGCCGAAAAGAAUGUUCCGCGGUAA